AUUGCAUGUAACUAAUGUAUGAAAAAUGUUCAAAUCAAGGAAUACGAUGGAAGACGAUCAACAGACAACAGGAGCACAAUCUGAGUCAUGUCUGGAGGAAGAUGCCAAGAUACAAGAUGUCCUUGCACCAGGUGGAUUUCUUGUGGAGUAUAUUGGGACCAAUUCUGUUACUCUUGUUUGGAGUCCACCAUACAGCAUAUCUUCAUUUGAAUUUACGUACUCUAGUGCCACAACCACAAAGACCUCUGCAAUCUCAAAUGUCAAAACUAUAGAGGUGGAAGGUCUUUGUCCAGAGACUGAGUACAUGUUCAGCCUUGUUUCAAUAUCAGAAAAUGGUGGGCGAAGUGUGGGGGUUACAACGACUGCGUGCACCAAGCCAGUUCCACCUGAAAACUUCAAGGUUGAGAAUGUGAGCUCCACAUCAGUUACUCUAAUUUGGGAUGCAGCUGGGAGUACGAAGAAGAAGUUUAAUUUACUCUGCAGCCAGAACCGAGAAAUCAUUCAGGAAAUGACAACAGAAAUAGCCACUGUGGUUUUUAGUGACCUGAUUCCAGGAAAAAAGUACUCUUUUCACAUUGCAACAGUGCUUACAAAUGGCAACAGAAGUAAAGAAGCAGUGACAUAUGCUCAAACCAAAACCAAACUUCAGAGCCUCUUGCAGGAUUUGGGAUUGGAGCAGUACCACCCCAACAAACUCACACUCAGCGCUGUGCUACAGAUCGACAAGAGGUCGGUAACAGAUGAGCCAGCUCAGUCUCUAGCAUGUUUACCAUGGCUGUUCCUGAAGAAACUGAUGAUGGUGAACGUCACUGCAAGAAGUGUCAAAUAUUCUCUCCCAUCUGAGGAGAGAGAAGAUUUGUCGAGCUUAGACAUUUACAACGAUCCAAUGGAUUUCCUUAAUGAUGAGAACAGCAGUGUGAACCCUUUAGACAUUGUGACAGCUUUGUUUCUUUGUUCGGAUGGUUUCCUACAGCAAGAAAUGGUCUCGAAAAUGUCAAUGUGUCAGUUCUCUGUACCAUUACUUCUUCCAAACUCUGACACUCAACAGUGCACAUUCAUUCUUUGGGCAUUGAGAGAUAUUGUGAAGAAAUUUAGACCCCAUUCACUGCAAGAUCCAAGAGGCUUUGUGGAAGACAGAAUUGUUCACUCCAAGCUCCCCCUAGUGUCCUUUGUCAGACUUGGUGCUUGUAGCAUCUCUAAAUCUCAGAUCCUAAACAAGCUGUUAAGCAAUCCCCAACAGUAUCACGAUACAUUUGUACAUAAUGGCAUGGAUUUUGGAGAUAUUCCGAGAAGGAUAUCAGAUGGCUUAGUUGAGAUCAGUUGGUAUCUGCCUUGUGGAAACCAAAACAUUGAUGUCUUUCCCGAGCCACUUGCUUUUGCAAACCUGAGAGGUGACAUCAGUACCUUUGAAACACAGUACACCUUCUUAUGUCAGACCUCCACUGCCGUUUUUGUGUUCUUUGACACUCUGGAUACAAACCUUAAGUUUCUCACCAACCAACAUGCUAAAGCACAGUUUUUUUUAGUGGGUAACCGACAGAGCAAAGCUCUUAAUAUGGAGCAUCUGAAAAGCAUAGCCUCUGAAAUGAGUCUGAAGAAAAACAACAUAAUCCUUAAGAGCAAUCAAAACGAUGCCAGUUUUGUCAAACAGCUGUAUUCUUCAAUAAGUUACAUUAUCAAUAAACUCCCAAACAAAGUAUGUCUUGAGGAGAUGGACACUACUGCACAUGAACUUGGGAUUCUAGUUGAUGAGGACAUUAAAGAAUGUCAGAACGCCAAAAACAAUGCACAUGGCAUUACCAAGAACAUACAGGAUACGCUGCACUUCAAAGAGGUUCAACUUCCCCUUCAAGGUCAAAUCUGGAAAGAUUUGGCAAAAUUGGAAAAGGAGGAAUGCAGACUCCGUAAAGCAGGAGGACAAAACAUAGAGACAUACAAGAGCGAUCUCCAGAUGAAAAAGACUGAACUCAGGAAAGAACAGAGUAAAUAUGACAUCUCACAGGCAAUGACCUGCUUUGUUACUGCACUAACAAGCUCAAGCCUGGAGAGAUCUUUUUUCCUGAAGUGGAUGCGUAUGAAUCUUGACAACGUCUCCCGUGAAAGCCUCUCUAGUCUCCGAGAGCUAUACAAAGAAAAGAGUAAAUCAUCAGAAAACAACGAAGAAGUUAAACGGCUCGACCAACAAAUCUCCAUUAGUUCCUUAGGGACAGAGCACUUUUUGCGCGAAAUGGGACAACUGUAUGAAGCUGCAGUGUCACUUCCAGAAAAUGUAGAAUCACGUAAACAAAUGCUCCACUUACCCAGACUAUGUGCUGAGCUAAUGUUGGACGGCUUUCCUCUGGAGCUGGUCGAUGGAGAUGCAUCGAAUAUUCCUCUCAGAUGGGUAAAUGAUGUGCUUCAGCAUUUAAACUCUUUGGUGCAGCCCAAUAAUAAAAUCAUGGUAGUGACAGUUUUAGGAGUCCAGAGCACAGGAAAGUCCACUUUACUGAACACCAUGUUUGGUGUUCAGUUUGCAGUCAGCAGUGGAAGAUGCACCAGAGGAGCAUUCAUGCAACUGAUCAAGGUCGCUGAAGACAUCAAAGGAGAAUUUGACUGUGAUUACUUAGUCAUAAUUGACACUGAAGGCCUGAAAUCUCCUGAACUUGCCAAAUUAGAUGAUAGUCAUGAACAUGACAAUGAAUUAGCCACCCUUGUUGUUGGUCUGAGCGAUAUCACAAUCAUCAAUAUUGCCAUGGAGAACAGCACAGAGAUGAAGGAUAUUCUGCAGAUUGUUGUCCAUGCUUUCCUCAGGAUGAAGGACAUAGGGAAAAAACCCAAAUGUCAGUUUGUCCACCAAAAUGUUGCAGAUGUAUCAGCAUAUGAUAAGAACAUGAGAGACCGGAAGAUCCUUCUGGAGCAGCUGAAUGAGAUGACAGAGGCAGCAGCCAAAAUGGAGAACAAGCAUGAGUAUAAAAGCUUUACUGAUGUGAUGGAGUAUAAUCCAGAAACUUGCAACUGGUACAUACCUGGACUCUGGCAUGGUAAUCCCCCGAUGGCACCAGUGAAUGCUGGCUACUCUGAGGCUGUCUAUGACCUUAAAAAGAAAAUGGUUGCCAUGGUUAAGAAACAAAGAACACAAAUCACAAAAUACGACAUAACAGAAUUUUUGGAGUGGACAAAAAGCUUGUGGAAUUCAGUGAAAUAUGAAAAUUUCAUAUUUAGCUUCAGGAAUAGCUUGGUGGCCAAUGCAUACAUGAGACUGUGCACAGACUUCCAUAAAUGGGAAUGGUUGUUCAAGAAGCACAUGCACUCUUGGUUAACUGGAGCUGAAGCUAGGGUGUCCAACUUUGAGAUGAUGAAACUGAAAUCAGACAAGUCCGACCUUCAAGAUCUGUUACGCAGACUAAAACAAGAAGCGGUAACAGAGCUAGACACACUGGAAAAGAACACUAUGGAAAACCUUUCUAGAUACUUUGAGCAAACAGAAGGUCAUGUCUACCUUGUGGAAAAAUACAGAGAAGAUUUUGUGAGCAGUGUAAAAUCUCUCAGGAGGGAAAUUCAGAGCUCUCUGUGGAUACAUCUUGAGGCAAUAGUAGAUAUCAGAAUAGGAAUGAAUAAUCUGGACAACAUCAAGAAAACAUUCACCAAUACAAUGGAGAAAAAAGUGCUGGCUCUACUUGAAGAGUUGCGAAAAAGCAACAGCUCAAGAAGUGAUGCACAGACAACUGAUAAGGACCUUGGCCAUUCUUUUGAAAAAAUAUGGCAAGAGACUGUUGACGAGCUGUCAUUUGAUGGCUUGAAGGAAAGAAACAUAUUUCAAAAUGUUUUCACCCAACUCCGAGAGAACAUGAAACAGAAGGGAGGUUUUGUAGCAGAGCAGUUAAAUCGAGUGAACCUGAAAGAUUAUGGCACCGGGGCCUUUAAAGUAAAAAAAGAACACUUUUUCAAGAAAUGGUGGAACCGCUUAUUCAGUGAUAACUCUACUAUGGAUCUACAGGUAAUGGCAGAUGAUUCAAUCUUCACAUGCUCUCAGUUGGUGCAGGAAAAGACUGUGACUCAGUCAGAUUAUCAUGACACCUACAUUCAGGAGAUUUUACACAAAAUUGAUGGAAAACUUGCUUCAAACAAGAAUAUGGGAUUUUCAGAGGAAUUUGAACUAUACCUCAAACUGCACAUUUGUGGAUUCUCUGCAAGAGAAUUUCAACACAUGCACGAGUGCUUUAUUAUGAAAAACGACCCACGUAGAUGCCUGGAUCAGUAUAAAGACAAGUACUUCAAUGAUUUCAAAGACCUUUUUGAAGAUCGUGAUCAGUGUCAGAGAAAGGCUGAAGAAUUCACUCAACUGUGCUUGAGUCCUGCAGCUGAAACAUUCGUCUACAGCUCCUUAGGUCCAGACAUUGUUGAUGCAAUGCUUCAGGGUAAAAAUGCAUUUCAAUUCAGCACUCGUGCAUUUUUCCAAUACUCACUCUUAAUGCAUCUUUUAAAUGAAGACAGGUUUGAACUGUAUUUCGAAUACAUAUUAACCUAUGAACGUUUUGUUAAGAGAUGGAUAUUAGGUCAAGUCACUGAACAGUUUUCUAAUGGACAUGAACUGUCAGAGCUGGAGGAGCGUCAUCUCAAAGGAAUCACAAAGGAUAUAUUUGAAGCCAUCAAAAUGACACAGAAUGAAACAAACGAAGGAUGCAUCAAAGGAUUCAUACACAGCAUAUGUAGGAAACUUGGACAAAAACUUGUCAUUCCAAAAGACGCUCUAGAAACAGUGAUGGCCCUAAACAAUUCUUCUCGAGAGCCCUUUGCACGUUGGCUAAUCAAAUCUGUAGAGGAAAUGGAACAGUCACUGAAGAAAAAACUCAAAGUAGACAACAUACAGAGCAAACUGAAAAAAAUCCAGAUGAAACCCCAGGAUGAGCUCUUCAAGCGAGUGUUUGGAUGUGGCAAACAGUGUCCAUUCUGCAAAUCUCCAUGUGAGGCGGGUGGAGGUGCUCACACUGAACACUGUGCCUCAGUACACAGACCUCAGGGACUCGGCCUGUGCAGGUUUUUGGACAGUAAAAAAUUGGUGACAAACAUCUGUUCAACAGAUGUCCACAGUGAAAUACAGUUUCAGUGUCCUGAGACCAAUACUGAAUUCCAUCCCUACAAAAGAUAUAGAGAAAUCUUUCCUGACUGGCACAUCCCUGCUGAUCCCAGCAUUGAGGCCUCAAAUUACUGGAAGUAUGUGAUGGCACGAUUCAACACUAAGUUUGCUGAAGAAUACGAUGCUCUCCCUGCUGAUAUACCCUUUCUUUGGAAAAUUAUCACAAAGCAGCAAGCAUUGACUAGUCUAAAAGAGUCUUUCAGCAUCAAAUAAGCUUUCUUUUCAAGAAGGCAAAAAGCAUGUGCUCAUUUAAGGAUAUCUGUUUAAUACCAAUAUUAAUGUUCCUCAUUUGUGGGUAUCUUUUGAAGGUAACUGAUUGUUAAAAAAAUGAAUAGAUGUAAAUGCAAAUGUUGUUUUAUUAUAAUUACACACGAAGUAAUACAUCAAAUUAGUAAACUCAUGUAUUUCAUUGCGUUCAGACACCAAUAAAUGAUUUUAAUCACUUAGAGCUUGAAGGUCCAGUGUGUAUGAUUAAAGAGGAUCUAUUGACAGAAAUGCAACAUAAUAUACAUAACUAUGUCUUGUAACAGUUCUAGUAAACUGUUACCUGUCUCCUAUGUUAAAUGUAAGUUGUAAGUUAAAUGUCACUCCCGGCCAUUAGAGGGCAUUAGGGAGCCAUUAUCAGGAAGAUCUCUCUAUACCAGAGAGUAAAAUGAAGAGGGAAGUGUGAUUUAGGAACACCUGUUAGCUGAGAGCACAUGCUCUUUCUAUGCUUUCAUUUGGAAAACCCUGUUGAGGAACAUUUGUGUUCUACAUCUCAAUGUGAGUUGAUGUGUUUCUUUAUCAUUAACAAAGGUUUAUAGCGUGAAUAUAUUUUGCUUGCUGAACCUCAUGUUGUAUUGUUUGUUUUGUUUUGUUUUGUUUUGUUUUGUUUUGACCAGAGGGUUUUGGUAUCUGCUUGAUUUUGAUGGCUUCUCAACUGGUUCAAAUUCUUGAUGUUAUUGUCUUCUACGUGGAAGUAUAUCCGAACUCCUGAACGAAAAGACACUUUUUCCUUGGAUUAACCCUUGUUGAGCAAAUGUGGAUUUUGUCCUUCUAGCCCCUAAAACAUCUACAAUGGUGUGAUGGACCAAGGACAUUUGUGGUAACUCUGGACUUUGAUAUCGGGUGUACAUUUAUAAGGUUUUGCUUCCAAAUGCUCUGCAUCAUGAAAUUGUCACAACCUUUUGUAUGAUCUAAAAAUGUAUACUGUACUUAAGGGAAAUAUAAUUGUUGGUUAAUGGUGAUUUGAUCCCUCCUCAUUUAUUUAUGUAACCCUUGAAGUUAGUGUUACAGUCUUUUGAGGUGUAAAAAGACCUUAUAUGUGACACUGGAUGACAAAACCAGUCUUAAGUAGCACGGAAACAUUUUUAGUAAAAGACAAAAACACAUUGUAUAUGUCAAAUUUAUCUAUUUUUCCUCGUAAAUAUUUUAUCUCCUACGGCAAAGAAGUGACAAUGGGCCUCAUUUAUCAAACGAUGGCACGCCAGAAAACUGUAUGUAGGUUUGAAUCAGACUGUCCUCCAAAAAAACAACUAACCAGUCAGUUUUUUGUACAACCACCUUAUUACGACCAACAGUUACGUACCCUCUAGCACCAGCAUCUUAUUAUGAAGAACAGUCAUUCCAUUGCUUUAUCUUGUUCACUUUUUAUGGAUUAAAGUCUUCGUAUUUGUUAUAGUUUCAAUUAUUUAAUCAAUAUUUAUAGUUUUAUAUACAUUUUUGAACCCCUUACCCAUCCCUCACCGUAAACCUAAAUACAACUCAACCAUACAAUACGCAACAAGUGUGAAUUUACAGUCACAGGAAUUUAUGGCAUAAAUUGACAAACGAACAGUAUAUUUCAAACAAAUCACGUUGAAAACCUUCUGAAUUGGAGCCAGAAAUCAAAUUUGAUAAAGAUUAUCCAUAUAGGCAGAUCUCGUUCAGACUGAGGUCAUGAUGCAUUCGAGAGACAAAUAUGACUUCACAUUCAGUGCAGACAUAAUGACGCAAUCGGUUACAAGAUACAUGAGAACCAAUGCUUUCUCACAAUCACAGCUGACCUUUCACUUCAUCUGGUGGUAAUUUUAAAUGUGUGUUAAACCCAGAAGUUGACAGGAUGUGAAGAUUACUCGCAGGUCAUUUGGCCUUGGUACACUUGGAAUAUUUGUAUUUUUUGAAAAACAGUUGUGACUGUUUUAUAUGCUGUGGGCUAUAAAUGGGCUACUUUGCUUGCACAAAAUGCAUGAAUGGUUUAAUUUGUAAUGUAAAUACA